AUGGUAAGCCGCUUGGGCAGCCGCAGCCGGCUGGCGCUUCUGCUCGCCCGCGUCGCCUCCUACCCCGGGAUCCCGGAGCUCGGGAUGAUGCCAGUGGCUAGGUCGACAGCGUUGCAGGAACGACGGCGGCGGCGCACACACUUCCACCAAUUCUGUGGUUUGAAGUCAAAGUCUCCCUUCGAGCUCUAUCAAAUAAAAAAGCAGGUUCGUGGUGUCCCUUGGAAUUUUACAUUUAAUGUAAAGUUUUAUCCACCUGAUCCAGCACAGUUAACAGAAGACAUAACAAGAUAUUAUUUAUGUCUUCAGCUUCAGCAGGACAUGGUUGCAGGACGUCUGCCUUGUUCCUUUGCAACGUUGGCAUUGUUAGGUUCUUAUCCUAUCCAGUCUGAGCUGGGAGACUAUGACCCAGAACUCCAUGGUGUGGAUUAUGUUAGUGAUUUUAAACUGGCCCCAAAUCAGACCAAGGAACUUGAAGAGAAGGUCAUGGAACUGCACAAGUCAUACAGGUCCAUGACUCCAGCUCAGGCUGACUUGGAAUUUCUUGAGAAUGCCAAAAAGUUAUCUAUGUAUGGAGUUGAUCUUCAUAAAGCAAAGGACUUGGAGGGAGUGGAUAUCAUCCUAGGUGUCUGCUCUAGUGGCCUUCUGGUUUUUAAGCUGAGAAUUAACCAUUUUCCUUGGCCCAAAGUGCUGAAGAUUUCUUACAAACAUAGCAGCUUUUUCAUCAAGAUUCGGCCUGGAGAGCAAGAACAAUAUGAAAGUACCAUUGGAUUCAAAAUUCCCAGUUACCGAGCAGCUAAGGAAUUAUGGAAAGUCUGUGUAGAACAUCACACAUUUUUCAGACUGGCAUCUAAUACCAUUCCCAAAAGCAAAUGUCUUGCACUGGGAUCCAAAUUUUGAUACAGUGGCCGGACCCAAGCUCAGACUAGACAAGCUAGUGCUCUCAUUGACAAGCCUGCCCCACACUUUGAGUGUACAGCAAGCAAACGGGCAUCUUGGAGCCUUGAUGGAGCAGCAGCUGCUGAUUCAGCAGACCGAAGUCGUCGGCCCACCUCUGCACCAGCCAUUGCUCAGAGUCAGGUCACAGAAGGUGGUGUCCCAGGAGCACCUGUCAAAAAAACAGUGGCCCCCAAAGCACAGAAGGAAACAGUGAAGGCUGAAGUGAAAAAGGAAGAAGAGCCACCUGAGCAAGCUGAGCCAGAGCCCACAGAAGCAUGGAAGGAUUUAGAUAAGAGUCAAGAAGAGAUCAAAAUGCCUCAUGCCAGCAUCAGUGAGCUGAAAAAGAACUUCAUGGAAUCUGCACCAGAACCACGGCCUAGUGAAUGGGAUAAACGUUUAUCCGCUCACUCGCCCUUCCGAACUCUUAACAUCAACGGGCAAAUCCCCACAGGAGAAGGAAGUAUAAAUGGCAUUCGCACAGAGGAGGUGGCUGUCGUGACAAAGGGGCCACCUACCAAUCCAGACUCUGAAUGGGAGGGCCCCAAGCAAUCAGUAGUUCCUAGUAAGAGCCAGAUCCCCACCCGGUCGAAGUCGCCACAGAGCUUUGCCUUUGGCUCCCUCUCCAUAAGCAGCAAGGAGACAGAAGAGAAGAAACAGGGGGCAGCUGUGUCUCUUGAUAUUAAGGAGAUGCCAAGAGGCCCAAAUGGGGAAUGUAUAGGAGUGGAGGAACGGGCCAGUGCCUUAAAGUUCUCAGUAACACCAGCUUCCUGUCAGCUCCAACUUGGUGAAAAAAAGUCAGAGAAUAGUGAAGAACCAGGAGAGCUACUUGGAAAACAAAAUGGAUCAUUUCUUGAUUCUCGUCCUCCCCUGGUGAAGACUCAAACUGUCCCCAUCUCAGACACUGCCAAUGCCAGGAAAAGUGAAAUCCCAACUAAGGAUGUUCCUAUUGUCCAUACUGAGACCAAGACCAUCACUUACGAGGCUGCCCAGACUGAUGACAGCAAUGGGGACUUGGACCCAGGCAUUUUGCUGACAGCUCAGACCAUCACAUCUGAGACCACAAGCAGCACCACCACAACUCAGAUUACCAAGACUGUAAAAGGUGGGAUUUCAGAGACUCGGAUUGAGAAGAGAAUUGUGAUCACAGGAGAUGCCAAUAUUGACCAUGACCAGGUCCUUGUACAAGCCAUCAAGGAGGCGAAGGAACAGCACCCAGACAUGUCAGUGACCAAGGUGGGCAUCCAUCAAGAGACCGAGAUGGCUGAGGAUUGAGCACAGGAACUAUCCUGCCCCUAACUCUCUGCCCUUCUCCCAUCUAAGAGAAACCAGCGAAACGAUAAAGAAGCUACUAAUCUGCAAUAGACUUCAGACUUCCAAGAUUAUUCUAAACCACCAGAAAAUUAAUUUCAUUUUCUAUUUGGAGUUGAUACAAAGAGAUUCUUCUAGAUAUCACUGAUGCUUUUGAAGACCUUUUGCUAUAUUGUGAUAUCAGAAAUUCUUCAACUUUUCACUUUAUGGACUGUUUUAAAAGAGUUUUUGGUUUUUUACAGGGUGGCUUGUAACCCCUUCAGCCUAGCCUCUGUCUAUGUAUUUCCAAGCCCAAAACUGACAGGGUCCACAGAAUUCUUUGGGAAACCCUCCAAAGACUCUGUCCGCUGUGUUGGAGGCCAAAGCCAGCACAGUGGAAGGAACUUCCACGCUCCUCCCCUAGACUUAUAGCCUUUGGACGACAGCAGAAACUUUAUGAACCAGUUCUUUCUCAGAGCCAAUGAUGUGACUUUACUAGAAUGUCAGGCAGGGUGACUGCCCUGACCCACAGACCCCAGAAGAAUAUCCCUGUCCCUUUAUUAAGGGUGGUUUUGGUAAGGCAGAGACCUCUGCUAAGAAUGUAAUAUUAUUUUCCCUUCAUCCCUUCAAAAAAAAAAUAGGCACAAGAUUUGAAAAAUUAUCCACACCAAAGACAAUAUAUGGAUGGAAAAGGAGAAUAUGAAAAAGUAUUCAUCAUUACUCAUUAAG